CGCUCUGUGCCUGCGCUAAGGCAACAGGUGACUUGUUGUUUACAGCAGGUAUUUGUGCAGAGUCCCCUCGGGCACUGGGCAGGCAGCGAGGGUCUUGCAGCUCUGCCAGGAAAGGGCAAAAACCUCUUGACCGCGGAGGCCCAGCGAGCGUACCUUGGCUGAAAACAUAUUCUGCUUUAGCGGCUUAAAGGAGGCUCUGGCUAAGGUGAAACUACGGCAUCCUUUGUUAGCCAGCACGCUUCCCAGGGAGGAUGGACAGAGCAGAGAGCAGCCUGUUUGGACAAGAACAGCAAUGUCUUACCUGCUAGUGUGCACCAGCGAAAAGCAUCUACCAGACAACUCAGUGGAUUGUGUUAACCAGGAGCCGCCUUGCCACACUGUGAUGGACAGAGAGAAAACACAUACCCCGGGUUUACAGCUGUUCAGACCAUUUGUGUGGUGGAGGAGCUGGAAAGGUUGGUGCAAGUAGCCAGACCCGUGAGUGUGCUGUGAUAACAGGGGGACACACUUGGGAGCAUAGGAGUUGCUGUGUCGGAGGCGACCUUUAGACCUAAGCCGUUUCAUCAAAUGCCACUGACUUGUGCCUCGACUUCACCUCUGAGUUGCCAUGGCCAAGUUAGAGACCCUGUCUGCUCUUAGUGACCCAAGCUACCCGAGCCAGGAGACCUUCCGCUCGUUUGCCCCCAGGCCUUCUGAAACUGCCUCCCAAAACACUAUGGGAAGCGUGGGCAGUGGAGUCGCCAAUGAGCAAGAGUUUGCGAUGAAGAGCGUGGGAACCCGGACUCAGAGCAGCGGUAGGCAGGCGGAUAGCUCGCGGAAUGGCUAUUCCACACGGGAGAUCUCCAACCGCUACUCUGGGGAGGAGAAGACCUACAAGUCGGAGAAGAUCUCCAACUCCCUCUACAUCAACGGGGACCUGCGCAAGAGCGAGAAGAUGAAGACAGACAUUUGUGGGAACGUUGCCACCAACAACGAGAAAAACCUGCCACCUCCUCCCCAGUACAGAGAACCCAGUAACCCACCAAAGAUCUUGCCGGUCUCUGGCAAACUGGACCAGAGCAAUGAGCCCUUAGUUAGACCGUCAGCCUUUAAACCGGUAGUUCCUAAAAACUUCCAUUCCAUGCAGAAUCUCUGCCCGCCACAGAACAACGGGAUAACAGAGAACAGAAAGAGCCUGAAUCACACCAACAGCAAUAGCCCCUCCGCAGUCAAAAGCGGAGCGGAGAAGACCAGCCUUAAUAGGACUACAAACCAAGUGGGAGGUCUUUCCGAUUCUGGCCGUAACUCUUUGACGAGCUUGCCCACUUAUGGGACGGGCUACAGUCAGCACGUUGGCCCAAUGAGUGCUUCAACGAGUCACAUAAACCGUAUUGGCACAACGUAUGUAGAUAAGAACAUAGUGGGAUACAAUGGAAUAUCUACCUCAGACAGUGGACGGUCUUCAAGCAAGAGUACUUCCUCUUUCAGUAGGCUCAACCAUCUGAACGAAACAAUGCCUUUCCAUUCGCCCUCAACAGACGACGUUAUCCAGGACCUGGAAGACCGGUUGUGGGAGAAGGAGCAGGAGGUCCUCCAGAUGAGAAGAAACCUGGACAAAAGCGAGGCUGCCAUCUUCCAAGUGUUUGAGGAGAAGCAAAAGAUCUGGGAGCAUGAAAUGGAGGACCUCAGGCAAAAUUAUGCAAAUAAGCUGCAGCAGGUCUCCAAGAAGGCCCAGAGGGCUCAACAAGCUUUGCAGCUCCAGAUCUUCAAGCUCCAGCAAGAGAAAAAAAAGCUCCAGGAUGACGUGGGGCAACUUCUCCAGCAGCGAGAAGAGCUGGAGAAAAAAUUUGUGACUUUCAAGAAAGAACAGGCCGAGUUUCUUCCCAAGAUUGAGGAAACUAAGUGGGAGGUAUGCCAGAAAGCUGGUGAGAUCUCCCUGCUCAAGCAACAGCUGAAGGAUUCCCAGGCUGACGUCUCUCAGAAGCUGAACGAGAUCGUGGGGCUGCGGACCCAGCUCAAGGAAGGGAAGAACUUCCUGAGAGAGAAGGAGGAACAGAUCAUCACCCUGAAAGACUCCUACAGCUCCAAGACGGUCAACCUGGAGCUCUGUGAGAAUGAGCUGCAGAGGAAGAUGAACGAAGUGCAGAUGCUAAGGGAAAAACUCAGCCAGUGUGAGCUGGAGGUCUCUGACUUGAAGCAGACUCUGGCCAGCAUGGGGCACCACGGCCAUUUCAGCGCCGAGCUCAGCGAGAAGCUAAGGGAUCCCUUGGCCUGCGAGAGCGAUGAGGCCAAGAUGCAGCGCCAGAACGAGGACAGCGUGAACGCCCUGAAGAAGGAGGUGGAGCGGCUCCAGACGGAGCUGAAGCUCGAGCGCCAGCAGCGGGAGCAGCAGAUUAUAGACUUUGAGGACGAGCGGCGCACGUGGCAGGAGGAGAAGGAGAAGGUGAUCAAAUACCAGAAGCAGCUGCAGCUGAACUACGUGGAGAUGUACCAGAAGAACCAGCUGCUGGAGCACAAAGUGAACGACAUGUCCACCAAGGCCACCAGCCCGUCUUACUCCGAGGAGAAAAAAACGUGGACUCCGUCCAGGCUGGAGCGAAUAGAGUCCACUGAGAUCUAACAAGGGACCAAGUGAAUAAAAGUCAUUUUUAUUACUGUGCAUGUACUACCUACUCCAGCCAGUGAUCUUCCUAAGGAGAAUAUGCUCUUUUGACCAGAGGUGACUGCUCCGAACCCCACGCCCUUACUCUGUUCCUCAGUGCUCUGUAGGUAAAAUAACCGUGGGUGUACAUUGUUAUACUACUGAUGAUGUUACAUCUGUUUCUCCUAGUACAGCUGGGGGGGGGGGGGCCCGGGGGCCCUUUUGGAAUCUGCUGUGACUGUUAUUUCAAUACAUGCUGCCACACCCCCCGCCACCGUAACCAACUCCCCUUGCCUCUGAGAGUUAGGGAUGUCUUUCCCCUACCAGUGCACGCAGCAGAACAGUGCAAAGCGACAGGGUGUUUCAGGGCAUUUUAGCCACAUUGGCUAAUAGAGCAAAGGUCUUGGGGUCAGAAGAACCAUGCAGUUCAGUGCUACACGGUAUCCCAUCUUGAUGUUCCUCGUCUUACAGCCUCAUCCAGUGAAGUCAGUUGGAGGUUUGCCACAGACUUCAGUGAAAGUAGGCUUUGACCUAGUCAGAUAAGUCUCUAUAGCAAAUGCUUUGGGAACAAUUGCCAAGGUCCAUGGUUGUCACUAGGGAAUUAGAAUAAGCCCGUUAUAGUACAGGGAGCCAAGCCCAAAAGGAAUCAAGCGAGGUGUUCAAGCUUCCAAAAACAUGCAGUGCUUCUGCUUGGUAAUUUUUACAUUCCACAUCCCUUCCACUCCAGGACUCGGAGCGGAUAUGGCAAAUUGUAACAACCCCCACUAUUCUUCCUGUAGUUCUGGCCUGGCCCAAACAAAGGGAUCCCCAAUAACUGAGGCAGCCAUUCCCGUUCCUCCGGAGCGAUCCCUGAGGACAUAACUUUGACUAAGCUUCCGAGAACACCUGGCGGGUUUGUCCAAAUCAGAAAUUAAUGCUUGGGGGAUGCCCGGGGGUGACACCAUCCCGUUCCCAAAAGAAAGGUGCCAGGGUUGCAUUUCCUCCUGCUGCUGUUCCCUGGGAGGUGGUCUAGGUAGAGAAGGGCCUCAGGAAACAAACGUUUGCAGAUUCUGCUGUGUGGGUGAACAUGCCUGGCUAGAUGAGGCAGGAGAUCAGACCAUAACAUAGUAAGCAACACGUCAACAAAGGUCUGCGCUGCUUUUUAAGAAUAUAGCCAAUGCUUAAGAACUGUGCUGAAUCGGGGCUGUAGGAAAAUCCGAGGGGCCCAGUUUUGCCUGCAGAUGUGGUUGCAUAAUUGCCAAAUCUCACCUGUGUCCAAGGCCAUAAAAGGGCCUGAUUCUGUAUCGCACUAAGGAUGCUACCAGCCUUCAACUUCCUGAAGGGAGGUUCCAAAGAGGCUGGAAAGAGGCUGUUCUCAAUAGUGACAGGUGGCAGAACAAGGAGCAAUGGUCUCAAGUU